AUCUAGCACCCCCGGAGGACAAAUGGGUGCGGUCCCCAGCCCCAGCCAGCAACCACUGUUCUCCCCACCACCUGCCCAGCAACAGGCAACACCACAACCACAGCAGCAACCACCGCAGCAACAGUCACAGACACCCACACCACAGCCACAGCAGACCCCAGUAACCCCCGCACAGCCACCGGCUAAAGGCACUGGCCAGCUCCCAGGUACAGAUCUUUCAAGGAAAUUCACUCCCGAGCAAUUACAACGCAUCUUCCAGUUGAAGCAACAGCAACAACAUCUGAAACAACAGCAACAGCAGCAGCAGCAACAACAACAACAGCAGCAGCAACAGACUCCUACUCCUGCACAAACAAAGGGGAUGUUCCAGUCACAACAACAGAGGCAGCAACAGCAGCAACAGCAGCAGCAGCAGCAGCAGCAGCAGCAGCAGCAACAGCAGCAGCAGCAGCAGCAGCAACAGCAGCAGCAGCAACCCGUAGGUCCAAAGGGCACUACUCUUCCUCAUAUGAUGUCACAGGGGAACACGUCUGUACCGUCUCCAAUGGGAGGUCCAGGAAUGAACCAACCCAACGUCACUAUAACCAGCUCACAACCCUUAUUCCAUAACAUGGCAUCGGCUACGACUGCUGCUGGUGUUAGAGCGCCCUCUGCCGCUCUAAUGGCAGUUCAACAGAUCAGCAAGGAAGCUGAGAAACAGAGGUCUCAUACGCAAAAUCAACAUAUGAACCAGUUCCCACAGCAGCAGAAUACACCCCAGCAAUCAGGACCGGUCACCCCAGCUCCAGCCCAGAAGCAGGGUAGCGGUAUGGCCACCCCGCCAACCUUCGGACCACAGGGAGGGAACCCCGCCAUCCCACAGCCCACAGGCAUAGGACAGAACGUGAUGGGGCAGCAGCAGAAUCCGGGAGUCAAUCUACCUAUUCCUCAGCCGACUGGACCAAUGCAGGGACAGAACAUGAUGCCCCAACAACCGGGAGCUGCUAUAGGAGUAGCCACAAGAAUACCACAACCUGUUGGGCCCGGUAAGCCUCAACAAGGAGCAGUAGCGGGAGGACCUCCUCAACAGCAACAACCUACACAACAAGUCAUCUGGACAGGGUCUCUAGAAUGGCAUGAUAGAUCACGGUCGGUGCCCAACGAGCAGAAGCAAACAAGAGCAGUUAACUGUCAUAUCUUAGCCCAGCCUGAUGCCAACUUGAAGACAGACAACUGGCCGAAGCAACUCAUCAUGCAAGUCAUCCCUCACAAGUUCUUGCAACAACUUGGAGCCUUGGUGAAAAACAACAAGACGGUAUUAUUCUCCUUUCCUGAUAAAGACACUGAUAUACAGUCCUACAAAGCACUCAUCAGAUCAACACAGAAACCAUUUGCCGGCUGUGUUCACUUCCCUACUGAGGGGCCCUCAAGCAUACGUGUGCUUAUCCUGCUCUACUCCCAACAAAAAAUGCAGUUUGUGGGACUGAUCCCAAUUGACCAGGCAUCAUUUGUGAAUACGUUCAGAGCUCUUGUCACUCGGCAUAAGAAGAGUCAUGAACAGACACCGUCAUCGAUGCAGCAGCAGCAGCAACAGCAACAACAACCGGGCAAUCAGCAACAACAGCAGCAACAGCAGCAACAAUCUCAGGCACAAUCUGCUGCCGCAGCUGCAGCAUCAGCAGCGGCAGCAGCGGCGGCAGCUGCAGCAGCUGCCAGGCAGAAGGCUGCCCAACAGCAAGCUCAACAACAGGCACAGGUGUCAGGGAGCCAGUCGGUGUCUGGUGCCGCGACUCCCUCAAGCUUUAGCAAUGCAACAACAGUAGCUAGUGCUUCUGCCGCACAGCAGCAGCAAGCACCGCAGUCGCAGCAGCAACCGGCACCGCCGGCGCAACAAACGGGAAAAACCAAACAAUCCAAGAUCCUGAUAGAACGAGAAAGAGAAGCCAAUCUCGCAAUGAUCAACAAACUCACCAAAGAGCUGCAAGCUGCCAAACAACGUGAAUACGCCCUCCAGUCAAGAGUUCCCGGCCCCGGUCAAGGCGUAGGACGAGGGGGCGGCGGUGGGGGUGGCGGAGGCCCGAUGGGACCAGGGGGAGCCAUGCAGCAGGGUGGACAGGGGCAACCACAGCCACGCAUGCACCUCAUGGGUCAAGUCCGAGGGCCGUCGCAGAUGGGCGUGUCCGGCAGUGGACAUCAGGUACCGGUCCAGAGCCAGCAGUUGGCUAGCAAUAGUCCCCUCCUCAGGAAUAUCGGUCCUCAAGGCCAACAACAACAACCAAUGCAGUGGCAGCAAUCCGGGCAACCCCAGCAACAGCAACAACAGAUGAUGAUGCAGCAACAGCAACAAGGCGGGGGAAUGGUCCGGCCCCAAGGGGGCAUGGGGCAACCCGGGCAAGGGGGUGGAGGGGGCAUGAUGUCGGAAGAUAUGAGCUUAGUCGAUCUUUUAAGCACGAGAGAUGGGAGUAACUCGUCGCAUAUGUAAUUAGAUAGAAAGAGAGAGAGACAGAGAGAGAGAUGGAAAGAGAAGACAAAAAAUGUACAGGGGAGUGUUUAUGGAAAGGUUUUGCCUGUGAUUUUUGCUGAUAGAUGUUCUAAACCACUUCAAAUCCUUGUAUCGAACCAAUUAAUCUAUGAUAAUAACUGGAAUGAAAAAAACAAAAAUCAUGAAACCUUCCCCAUGUAUAAAUAGCUUACGGAUAGAAUAGCACUACUGACAAAAAUUUAUGUAUUACAUGACAUUAUUAUUAUUAUUAUACUUUUAAAAAACAUUAUGGAAACAGAAAAAAUACAACUGAUUGUACAAUACGGUGGAUUCACAUCACGUUGCACCAUCUGGCGAUUGCAGCGGACAGGUCAAUUGCUAACUUUGGGGUCAGCAUCACGCGCAGGCAGUGCACAGUGCUAGUGUACUGUAAUGUGACUGUGAUGCUUCAAAAAUGAAAACCAUAUGGCAAAAGCGGAGGAAGAAUUUACAGAGAGAACGGUUUAAAUUUUGUAAAGAAAUAUUAGCAAAUUUCUCUCCCACCUCCAGGACCCUGGUAACAUCAUCAUUUUAACAGCAUAAUCGCAUGCAUGCACUUUCAGAGCUGCCAAGUAGUACGAUUUUGCAACCAAAAUACGGCAGUACGUUUUUUCUUUAAAAAAUACGUUUUUUGUAUUACAAAAUCGAAAUUUAUUGAGAAAAAUCAUCUCUACAUGUCUCUAUUUCAUAAAACGUACACAAAUAUGGUUAUUAGAUCAAUGUAAUUUCAGGUAACUUGUUGUUUUUUUCAAUCAUUUUGUAAAAACCAGGGUGAGAUAUACACAAGUUUCAAUGUUUUUUUUUUUCAUCUGCAAGAGCAGUGCACAUUUUAGCUUGCAUGCAGCUUGAGCGCCGCGAUGGGCGAGUGCGCCAAGCAUUUUAUUAUGAAAUACUUUUUUGGGGGGGAAAAAUACAAAAUAUUUAUCUCACACGGUAAAAAUACUGAUUUUUGGUCAAAAUACUGAUUUUGGGGGAUAAGAAUACUGAAAAUGCCAAAUACAACUUGGCAGCUCUGCACUUUAGCAUGAGCAUGCACAAUAGAUUUGGACUUUUUGCAUCCAAUAGGUGGCGCUCUGUAUCGUGAAUCCACCCCAUUAAGCCUUACUGUGAACCUAUUGGCAGACCAUUGACAAAAAUGGACGACUGGUGAUUUCAAGCAUAUCUGAAUACACCCAAUAUGUGAGGAGGAUUGAGAUAAAUGUGGCUGGAGCCAUAAAUGAGAGGGAAAUUGAUCCUACUCAAGAGCAUUACUUUCCUUCAGCAAGAAUUGACUUACAGGUGAGGUUAAUGGAACAAUUAAUUGUAUUUCUGAUGUUGCAGUGCUCUGGCAAAUCUAUUUAAUUACUCUAAUAUGCUUUGAAAGAGACCCUUCUUUUAAAAGAAUACCAUCCUUAUCACUGAACAAUACUCACUUUCUACAAGAAUAAUACAAUUUUUCAAACAUUCUUAUAAUGAGUUGAUACAUGUAUCUUUAUAUCAUUAUUUGUUGGUAUGAAAUUGUUUGUUUUUACCUUGAAAUUAAUCUUGUAGGAGACAACUUGCUUUCAUGAUAUCCAUCUGAACUAUGGGAAAAAACGCUUAGUAAGCAGAAAAAAAAUCAGACCACCUUGACAAAUAGUUGAACUCUGAAGCCCCUUUUACAAUCUCAAGGGGGUGUUGCAACGAAUAUUUGCAAUCAAUUGGAAAUAUUCUGUUGUAAAUUAAAUCAAGUUUAGCUGUAGCAAAGAGGAUUACACUCAUUUUAUCAAGGAGCCUGUUAACAGUCAAUCACGAAUUUGCAAUUAAUUGCAAGACUUAUGACUGAUUCGGGGACCAAAAAUAGACCUGCAAUUGAUCGCAAGUCUCGUGCAACACCCCUUUAAUCAGUUUGUGACAUGUUUCAUGUUUAUUUUACAGAUUUUAUCAGUAUAUUGUGUAAUGUACUUUAGAGUUUUGACUUUGAGAAUAAGUCUAAUGGUGGGCUCAUCCAUUCAUAAAAAAAGAUCAUUCACCACAGUAGGGACUGAAUAAAUAACGCAAUGAAAUGCAAUGCUUUGUCUUGUUUAAAGAAAAGCUUAAGAGCGUUAAUGGGGCUAGCCUUGGCUGUAUAAACCACCCUUAACCCUGUCUGUAAUCAUUAUGCAAGAAGAUAGUUAUAUUUAUUUUAGAUAAAUGAAAUGGAUUGUAUGGAAAUGUGAAAACCAGUUUUGGCUUUGGAAGCGGUAGACAUGUGUUGAUGGAAAAUCUUAUACAAGUAAUGUUUCUUGCCUUCAGAAGAGGUCAACCUUUGUUUAACCCCAAUAGAAUGGGAGGGGGGGGCAUGAUCACCCCCUCCUAGAUGCUAUGCGUGAUCAUUCCGGAAUGGUUAAAGAUAGCGCCGCCAAACUUUAGGACUAUUAUCUUUGAAGUCUUGUGGAACUCUUUGAGACCAUUUUUGCAACAUGUCGGUAUAACAUUGCGACACCACAAGACUUCUUAUGAGACAAUGUAAUGCAGAAAUUUGCUCAUUAUUAUGUUUUGUGUACAAAGUCAAUUGAAGAUGAAAUUCAUAAAAAAAUGAUUGUUUUUCAUUCUUAUUGGUCUGCUUAUUUAAUUUAGGACUACAUCUGUAGAUCUAUUUGUUUAAAGGUUGGUAAUAAUCUUCAUUGAAAAGAGCAAUGAAACACAAAUAGAUGAAAAACACAGAAAUGCACAAGAAAAAAAAAAUAUGACAAAAAAAUGGAGGCGCGAUAGCUCAGUCGGUAGAGCGGGGACCCAGGUUCGAUUCCCAAAUGGUGCGCUUGUGCCCUUUGGUAAGGCAUUUAUCCUCAUUACCAGGUCCCUCAGAGAGGACCUUAAGCCGUUGGUCCCCUGGUUGCUUGCUCACAGGCAUACGUGCUUUCUUAGCAGUCAGGUAAAAUACCUUGGUAUAUAAAAACUUUGGCUUCUGCAAUUUUUUAUAGAAACAUUUGAAUCAUGCACCCCCCACCCAGUCCACAAUACAACAUGUACAUCUCAAUUACCCCAGUAAUUUUAUGGUUAAUCAUUGAAUCAUUAUGUGAUGAGAUGGUUGAAUCAUUGACAGAUUAUAAUGCAAUGCAAGGUAGUCAUCAUGGGAAAAGAAACCAACCUUUGCACUAAUCAUCGUGCAAGAAGGCUUAAUAUCUCGAAAAGAACAUUGCCUUGGUAAGCGGUCAACCCAUCAAUUAUUUUCCAACAAGACCAUUCUAUGUAAAUCAGGUAUACAAUCAAAAGGACAAGCUUUUAACAAGUAUUUCCCCGACAAGAGACUGACCUUGCUUUGAGUAUUAUGCAAGGAGAUGAUUUUCAUGUCAUUCAUUACAAGGAUAUGUUGCUGUUUCCAAGAAUACCUUCAGGCAGUGGGAGACCUUGAUCCGGAGGAGACAAUGAUUGGAGGGGCACUUUAUUGUUUGUGAACAAUGCUGUGCCCCUCCAAUGCUUUGUCUCCUCCAGGUCACGGUCCGCCACUGCCUUCAGGUUGAUUAAGAUUGAAAAUAAGCCAGCUAAUAGAGAGCUGGGGCCUGUCUUACAAAGACUUGUAAUUGAUCCGAUCAAUCACAACUAUGGAAAGCCAGUAAAGUCAAUGCAUGUUUGUUCAAACUUUUUCUAGAUAUGAUGUAUAUCCAUAAAUUCAUUGACUUCUUGACAAUUUGGUGUGUUCUUCUUUGUUUACAAAGGACAUUUUGCAAAUUUCCCUUUGAAAAAUUUAUGACACUGAUCGAUUUCCUUAGAGUUACGAUUGGUUGGAUCAAUCGCAACUCUUUGUAAGAUGGGGGCCCUUGGCCCCUUCUUGCAAAGAGUUACGAUUGAUCCAAUUAACCACAACUAUGGAAAGCCAACAAAGUCAACAUCUAAAAUGCAUGUUUGUUCACAAUAUUUUGUAGCUCUGAUGUAUAUUCAUGUAUUAAUUGUUUUCUCGAAAAGUCAGUGUGCUUCUCUUUGUUUACAAAGGACAUUGUUCAAAUUUCUUGUAGAACAUUAUUAUGACAACAAUGGAUUUCUAUAGAAUUGAGGUUGAUCAGAUCAAUCAUACCUCUUUGUAAGACUGGACCCUUCUGUUUCUGUAUCUGUUUAUCGUAACUCCCAUAGGAACUUGGCAGGACAGCGUUUUGCUAGUAAACGCCAAGCUGGUAUAUAACCAAUUACCUAGGAAACAUUUUAUGUCUAGGUUAAUCAGUCAUUGUGGCUGACCUUAUAGAUGACAGAUAUUACUCUCAGGCCUUUUGAUCAAAGUGGAGACAAUGGCAGAGUUAGGGAUGCAAACUCACAACUUUGCCAUUAUGAGUCCAAUGCUCUAACCACUGGACCACAUGACCCUGUUAGGCAUAAGCUUUUAACAAUACAUAUCUCCCUGACAAGCGACCGACUUUGCUUUGAGUAUUAUGCAAGGAGAUGGUUUAAUUUAUUAGAUUAUGUGGCUGUUUCCAAGAAUGCCUUCAGGUUGACCAAGAGAGCAAAUAGGUCAGCAAAUAUAUACUUGUAGGUCAGCAAAUAAUAGUAUUGUUAUGCUUUAAAUGAAGCUAAGGCACCUUGUCGGAAGUCACAGCCACGUCUUUCCUGUAAGCUUUUACAAUUUUUCAUUGUGAAAACCCAUAAAUAAGAUGACAUUGAUGACAUCUGAGAAAAAAAAAAUAUAUGAAAAUCCGAAGUGAAAAUGA